AUGAAACUAUGGGUUAUGGAAGAUGAAGAGAACAAUAUAUGGUCAAAGAAGACUCUGGUGUUGCAUCCUUCUCAAAUGAAUAUGGUCAAAACGAAUCAUGCAGACCGUAGCUAUUAUUUGAGGGUACAUGGUACAACUAGAAACGGUGACGUUAUCUUGGCACCUCACAAUCUUACUCAUGAGGUUAGAUACGGCUGGAUCAAAUUCUUUCCUCAAGGCACAACUCUCUUCUACGUUUUACUUUACAAUAUACAAAAGAAUCAUUUGAGAAAAGUUGAAAUCAAAGACGGAUCAAACUGCUUUCUAAACGGUAGAUGUGACGUUAUUGGAUUGGACGACACUGAGAACUUAAUGCUUAUCAAUGUUUGA